AUGGAGGCCGGUCCGGCGCCCGCCGUGUUGCGGGUAAGGCGGAAGCGCGGCGCAGAUCCUGCUGAGGCACUCGUCCUCGCGUGUAAACGGCAGCGGAGCGAGGAGGGAGCGACGGCCACGGGGUCUGCCCCCGUGGAGGAGAACGUCUUCAAGCUGGCGGCAACCGUGUGUUCCCAGGAUGAACCUGUUCAAAAGUAUGUCAGAGAAGCUAUUAACAGAGAUAAAGCCACCAGAGCCCUGAAUCCUUCAUUGGAAAGUCAUCAGAGAAUCCGUCAAGAUCUCCUUGCUAUGAAGCAGGUGACCCGGCAGGAUGAUCGCUACCGCCUGGUCUCCAAACACCGGGCCCCUUGUGCAGAGGGAGAAGCACCUCUGCUAGCUGUAGAUAGUACCCAUAGGACUGAGGGGGACCAGCUAGACUCUGAUGAUACCAAACCAAAGUCACAAAGAGAAGACAGUGCCAUAGUUAACAAUUCAUCUUCUGCAGAAGAAUUCCAGUUAUUUGACAUUGUUCACGAGGCUGCUGCUGAGAAAGAGACGCCCUCCAUUCCUACCACCUGCUCUGAGAAAUCUGACCCAGAUGUGAUACUCUGUAAUUCUGUAAAGAUGAUCCGUGAGCAGCUAGCCAUCUCCAAGGAUGGAAAAGGAAAGGAGCAUCGAGAGAGAGAAGAUGAUUAUGUCUAUGACAUUUACUACCUAGAGACAUCCACCCCAGGAUGGAUUGAGAGCAUCCUUUCUGUGCAACCCUACAGCCAGGAGUGGGAACUGGUAGCCGAUGACCAUCAAGCCGAGGAGAUUUAUGAUGAUGACGACGAAGAUGAGAACAGUGAGAAUCACUGGCGUAAUGAGUACCCUGACGAGGAGGAGGGAAGCACUGACAGAGAGAGCACCAGAGGCUCUGAUGAAGAAUAUGGCAGCCUUAGUGAUGAGGAAAGUAGUGUCAUCAGACCAAGAACAUGGAACAAAUAUCCUUAUGAUGUGCUAAAAGAGUUUGAAUAUGACAGUUCCCAGGACUUUGAUUCUGACUAAGGACUACACAAACAUUCACCUGUUGCCUGGGAUGAGCCCUGAGGUGGCUCUGGUCUUAGGCAUCAGCCUCUUUGCUGCUGAUCCUGCCCAAGAGUGUUAUAAUUUAUUUUGAAAUGGGAAAAGGAACAAGAAGCCCCUGAGGUCUUUUGGCUCCAAGAUCUGAUUCUGGCCCCCAGAUAGUUUUGUGCUGCUGAAGAAGGAAAAUCAUAUGAUGAAUCAGAGCUCCUUUACUCCUGAUAUGGGAAGAAACUCCUCUUUGGCCUAGCAUGACUGGAAAAUGUCUUCCUUUAACUACCCUUUAUCCUUUUGUUUAAUCUGAAAGAUUUUUCCAUACAGUGUGAAGAAUUGACUUUACCUGCUGAAAUCUAUAGCAUUUCUAAGAGUCAGUCUUGGUAAGAAAAAUUGACUUUUGAGUUUUGAUACCAGUGAAUAAAGAAAUGAUAACACAACCAUGAAAAGGUUGAUCUUCCCCAACCUCUGUCCUGCUGCUAGAAGUGGGUUUGGACUCUUGUUACUGAGUGAGGCAUUUCUUUGUGAACCUUUGCCAUUAAGAGGUGAAAACACUGAGAAGCUGCACUAAUAGGGUGUACUUUGUCAGCACCAGAAGACUUUCUGCAUGUAUGUUCACUAAGGUGGUAGUUGACUGUAAAAAUCUGCAAGUGCAAAAAAAAAAAAAAAAAAAGAAUCUGUGUUGGUAUUUAUUCUGUUUCCCUUCUGUGGCCUUACUUUGAUUCUGUUUGUAGAGUUGGGGGUCCUUUGACAGAAAUGUCAGGGAGCUGUGUAUGUAUAUGUGUGAAUUUGCUGCACUGAUUGUAUUAAAAAUUAUUUUGGAACAUGGAAAA